AUGAAAUUUUUUUAUUCAUUAAUUCUAAUUUUAUUAACAAUUAAUUAUAUAAACGCAAAUUGUAACUGUAUACCAAUCGGAGAUACAUGUAAACAUGGUGAAAUUUGUCAAGGUGCUGGAUAUUGUGGAACACCAGGGACCGCAUCUUCUAACGACCAAUCCAUUUGUGUCAAUAGAGUAAAUGUUGGGGAACCCUGCUUUGUAGAUGAUAAUUGUUACAUCGGCAUAUACUGUUAUAAAAAAAAUUCAAAUGACACUAAAGGAGUUUGUUCCGAAAUAAAAUAUGCUUUAAAUGGAGAGAAAUGUGCAAAAGAUAUCGAUUGUAUGUCAGAGUUGUCAUCUUGUGUAAAUAAUAAAUGUACUCCUCGUAAAAAUGUAAAUGGUUGUGUGGAAGAUAUGGAUUGCGAAAUGGCUACACAAAUUUGUGUUAAUAAGAUUUGUCAAUUACCAGCUAAAUUAGGAUCAGGUUGUAAAACAAAUGGUGGUACCUGCAAUAAUCUUGAAGGUUUCUGUUCAGCCCCUGCUGGAAGUGAUGAUGGUAUUUGUAAAAAGUAUUUCUCUCUUCAAGAAGGUGAAUAUUGCAAUGCAGGUGAUAAUGAUUAUCAAUGUGAUAGCUCAAAGAACUUAUAUUGUAACAAUAUAAAUAAGAAAUGUCAAGUUUAUAGCUACAUUAAACCAGAUAUUGAAUCAUGUGAUACUUCAAUUCAAUGUAAUGCCCAUCUUAAUGGCACCUCUGCUGAAUCCAGUUGUGUAUGUGGUAAAUGUUACGAAUAUCAACUUGUUAGUUCAAAUGAUCGUAAAGUUGUUACCGAUUUAUUCACAUGUGCCUUAACUAAUGAAUGUAGUUUAGGAGUUCCAUUAGCUUCUAAAGGUUGUAUUACAACCAACUGUGCCAAGGAAUAUUGUGAUUACUAUCUUAUAAAUACUAAGUAUGAUGGUUGUGGUGAACAUGCUGCAAUUUUAUCACAGUUAAAAUGUGAUGUUAAUAACUCAUUUAAAUUAUUACCAUCUCUUUCAUUUUUAAUUUUACUUUUUAUUUAUUUAUUAAUUUAA